CGCUGGGAGCUAUACAGCAACCGUACAUACUCGACUGCCUAGCUGCAUCACAUCACUUUCUACCAACCUAGCUAUCAGCAUCAAUAUCCACACAAACUCAUGGCGUCGCCUUCACGAUCAGGCGGCACAAUGCACGUCGCAGUCACAUCGCCCUUCAAAUUCCUCAUGGGCUCAUCACACAGUGCCCCCGACAUGUCGGUUAAUGCCCUGGUCGACCGCUUCACCACUCUUGAAGUCAAGGACAAGGAUGAAGAUAGCGCAAAGCGCGCAGUACGACGACUGGAAGCUGCUUUGAGGAGAGCCGAGAUGGCGCGUGAGGAGGCAGAGACUGAGGCAGCAAGCUUGCGCGACGAGCUCAGGGAGCAAAGAGACAUGGCUGAAGAGCGUCUGCGCGAAAAGACUGACUUGCGCCAACGACUGGAUGAGUACGAGAAAAAGUACGAAAAGGCCAAGGAGCGCUUCAAGCAGCAAAAAGUUAAGCACGAAGAUCAACUGCGCAAGAUGCAAAAGGAAUACAUGGAGCGCGAGAAGCUACACUGGAGACAGCAACAGCAGCUACAAGAAGAAGUCGACUGGGAGAAGAAGCUGCGCGCCGAUGCGAACGACUUAGUUGCUUUCUUGGAGAUUGACCAUAUUGUCGCCCUUCAAGCCCAAAAGGACAAGCACGUCGAGCUACUCGCAAAGCAGCAAGCUGCACCAAGGGCCCAAGAGCCUCCUCAGGACCUACUCGAUGACUUCGAGAUCGAGAUCGACACGCCGCAAAAGAAACAAGACGAGCCCAUGGCCGAAGCAGAACCCGAGUCCACUCACAACGACUACGCCGUCGAAGACACUCCCGAGCCCGAGCACAUCCAAGCCUCCAGAACCCAAACACCAGUCCGCAGCCACACAAGCACUCCCAUCGCUCACGACUCGCCCCAAAACACCGUCACCGCAACACCUCAAACAACAAGCACGAAACAAACCCUCCGCGUCCCCAUAAACUUCAACGACGACGACACCGAAGACGCCUCCUCCACCAGCGACAAAGAAAACUCCCAACCUUCCCUCCUUCAACCCCCACGCACACCUCUACCUUCUUCCCGCACCGUCAGCGCACCCCCUCACCACUCUCUAAAAACACCAAUGACUAUUUCCUGCUCGACGCCUGCACUACACCCUAAUAUCCCGGCUUUUUUGAAUACGCCUAUUGAUAGAGAAGCCGCUCUUGCGGCCAUCAGAGAGAGAAGAGGCAGAGCAAGGAGUAAUGGUGCUGCUGGUAUGGCCACACCGAGAAGAUUGGGGAGAGAUGCGUCUGCCCCUCCUGCCGGUGGGUUGAGUGCUAGUGUGGGCCCGAGAUCUAAGAGUCGUGGUCCUUGAUUGAGAAAGGGAACAUUUUUCCUGUACAUGACUUUCUCUCCUUGACUCUUGAGUUUGGGAUGGUUUUUGGGCUUGGUGUCCUUUUACAGCAUGGCGUUUGUGUUUCCUUGGUCUUCUUUGGUCUUUUGCGAGGGCAUAGGAAAACGGCUUUGGGGGGUUGGUGUGUUUUUGUUCUCCUUCUACUUUACUCUUUUUUUUUUUGCUUCUCUCUCUUUCUUUCUUCGAAAUGCUAGUAAUGACUUUUUUUCAAAUUACCUUCUCACGAGCUACAGUAGGCUUUUGCCUCUUCGAUGCGUCUCGAACAACGACUGCGGUGAGGGUCAGAAGAGUAUCACAGAUAUCAGAAACACUAUAGAAAAGGUCAGACGACGAUUACAACAAGCAACAAAUCAGGCCUCCGAGGCAUGGAUCGAGCAAGGAAAAUAAAAGACAGACUAGGUAGCACUUAUGAAUCACUAUACCAUGCCCUUU